UGGUUCCUCGCCUCGCGGCCAGCGGCCUCGCCGUCCCCGUGGAGAUCAUCCCCUUCGGCUGGGCCCUCACUCUCCGCCGACUACAGAGCUUGUUCGACGGCGUGCCGGGCUUCAAUCUCAAGCUCAGGACCGCCUCCAUCAACGCCAAAGCCACCACCUUUGACGAGAAGGAGUGGGACUCGGAGCCAUUCGUGACUGACAACAAAAACUACAUCGCGGAUUUGUUCUUCGAGAAUGGGAUCCAUGGCGACCUGAGAGUGAUCAGCGAUGCGAUCCUGAGGAUUACCGGAGUGGUGGAGCAUGGGUUGUUCCUCGGAUUGGCGUCGUCGGUGGUGGUGGCACAGAAGGAUGGGGUCGUGGUGAUGAAGUCAAUCGAUAAUAAUUGAAAUUUUCAAUGUUAUCUUUUCUUGAUUUCGAUGGAUGAUAGAGGUUAUGUUGGCCGAAUGAUGAUUACUACUGAUUCCAAGACGCAAGGUAACCAUUCUAUAAUACUAUUGAUUUAGUUCGAACCC